AAAAAAUCUUUUAGCAUUAAGAAAAUUUAAAAUUUUAUAAUUUAAUACAAUUUAAAUAUAAAAACACCGUACUCCUCUUUUAUUAUUGGGUGCAAAUCUAUCUCUUUGCUACCAAUGAGCAAGUUAAGGUACAACGCUUGCAGCUCCCUUGCCCCCGAAAGAAACUGCAACGAAAACGAAAGAUGUCUGAAUCCAAAUUUAAGAACGUGAUUAAGCAGCGAUAAUGAUAAAGUGGGACCUAGCCGCCGGACAAAAAUUGUGUGGUUGUCAGAUAGACGGGUUGACCCGCUGGUCCAACCCAACCUUGUGUCCGAGUGGGACUGGACACAGCUGGGAACCAGUUGUACCCGACAGCUCUUGCUUGGUUCACACUAUACGUGGGUGGGGGAAAAGAGCCCCAACGAAGGCUGGAGCUCGAUCAGUCCCGUUAAGCAGAUUUCCUCUUCUUUUCCAUUUCAAUGGUCCUAGUCGGCAACGGCAACUCCUUUAUAUUCCCUGCCCAAAAUCCCAACCACAAGCAAUACAGCACCACUGCUGGGCUGCCGGUACAACCAUCACCACCACCACCACCACCACCGCAAUGGAUCCGUGUCCUUUUGUACGGCUUCUAGUUGGUAACUUGGCCGUGAAGUUACCAGUAUCUCCUAAGCCUUCUCUCUCAAGAGUCCACCCUUCAUCCUCCCUAUGUCACUGCAAGAUCAAACUCAAGGGCUUCCCUAACCAGGUCGCCGCCGCCCCUCUAAUCCAGGUCGCCGAGGAUAGAGACCACCCAGAAGGCCACAAGUCCCUUGCCGCCUGCUUUAGUCUGAACAAGACACUUCUCGAUGAGAUCAACGCAAAAGGGAGUAAGAAUUGCCGGUUAAAAAUCGGGGUAUAUGCUGAUCCUGAUGGGAAUUCAUGUGGACUGGCGUCCGGGAAGUUAUUGGGGAAGAUUACUAUUCCGUUGGAUCUCCGGGGGGCGGAAUCUAGGCCCUUUGUUUUUCACAACGGGUGGGUUGCUGUUGGGGACGAUAAGAGCAAGAAGGGAUCGUCGGCGCAGGUGCAUCUGAUCGUUCGGGCGGAGCCGGACCCUAGAUAUGUUUUCCAGUUCGGCGGUGAGCCUGAGUGCAGUCCUCAGGUUUUUCAGGUUCAGGGGAGUGAUAAGCAGGCAGUUUUCACUUGCAAGUUUGGAUUCAGGAACUCCAGCGAUCGCAGUUUGCUUUCUAGAUCAUCAAUGGCGGAACGAAGCACUUCAAGGAAAUGGCUAUCCUCAUUCAAAGCAAAGAAUGAUCAAUAUUCAAAAGAGAGAAAGGGGUGGUCGGUUACCAUCCACGAUCUCUCUGGUUCGCCGGUUGCCAUGGCAUCAAUGGUCACCCCAUAUGUUCCGUCACCUGGUUCUAAUCGGGUCAGCCGAUCUAACCCCGGUGGGUGGCUGAUUCUCAGGCCAGGCGGUGGCACGUGGAAGCCCUGGGGUCGUCUUGAGACAUGGCGGGAGCCUGGUGGUUCUGCCGCCGUUGGUUAUAAAUUUGAUCUCUUUCACGACGAUAUCGCCAGCACCGCAACCAGCAGCACCAUCGCCAGUUCUACUGUCAGCACCAAACAAGGCGGGACCUUCACCAUUGAUACGACCACUAAUGUACAAACCCCCAUAAAUACCCCACAUGGCAGCUGCGAUUUCGGAUCUCUGUCGAGGCCAGGAUCGAGGCCUGGUUCUGGGUCCGGAUCCGACUUUGGGUUCAGUUUCUUGCAGCAGAGUUCAAACGGUGGUUUCGUUAUGUCGUCGACGGUGGAAGGGGAGGACAAGUGCAGUAAGCCAGUGGUGGAGGUCGGUGUGCGGCACGUGACGUGCACGGAGGACGCCGCAGCUUUUGUUGCACUAGCUGCUGCCAUGGACCUCAGUAUGGAUGCUUGCCAGCCGUUUUCAGGAAAGCUGAGGAAAGAGUUGAGACAGCAGGGUCAGAAUAUUGUCGUUUAAUGUGGAAGUUGUUGUCGUUUUGAGUUGUUGAUGAGUCCCAUGAGUUGGCUUGGCAGAUAACUAACAGCAUUUUUGAGCUGGAUGCGUACAGUCGAGACUGACAAAAUAUUCUUUUUUUUAAUAUUUUUGUAAAUCUAUUCUUUUUCUAUAAAAAAAUUUAUUGAUUGCCAUAAUAAACUUUUUUAUCUAGGAAAUUGGGCAUCUCAUGUAGGAAAUUUUUUUUUUUUUUUUGAACUUAGGAAAUUUUUGAAAAUAAAAAAUAAUAAUUGAAUAUUGAAUUC